AGUUCCUGUUCUUUGUCCUUUGUGUCUAGUAAGGCAAAAGAUCUACCCUUGUGCAAGAGUCUCUUUUCUUCUUUACUUGGGAACUUUCUCCCUUGAUCUGCCGUAGAGAGAUGGAGAACUUUGUGCAUCUCAUCUUCUUGGUCUCCUUGGCAGAAGCAUACACGACUGAGGAUGUUGCAGUGGUGUAUGGUAUCGAAGGGGAGUCCAUCUCCAUCAACUGCACCUACCGCCCUAAGGAGAACCAAUGGAGAGAGAAGAGCUGGUGCAAGCACAUCAGUGAGAUGGAGUGUCAGCAUGUUGUCAGUGCCCGGCGGUUUUGGAUGCCGUUCCUCAAGAGAAGGAAUGGCACCACUGCCAUUGCUGACAACAUCCAGAAGGGGAUCCUCACGGUGACCAUAAACCCACUCCAGAAGAAGGAUGCCGGUUUAUAUCAGUGUAAGACAGACUUCUUGGGGACCGUGAAUACUUUGCAGAAGGUGAACGUGAAAGUGCUUGCAGGCAUAUGGGAGACUGAGGCACCUGAGGAGCCUAGAGCAGUACACAGCAUUUCCAGCACCCCAUCAGAUGCUCAAAUCAAUCUUCACUUCCUUGUGGCUACAUUCUUGGGUUUCAAGCUCCUGGUUGCAGUAGUCCUCUUGAUUGUUGCCAAGACCAGCUGCAGUAAAAGGCAGCAGAUGGAAGCCUCAGCAGAGAAAAUGAGCACCAGCUCCUCCCAAUCACAGGAUAAUAGGGAAAGUUUGGCAUAAAUGGAUAUGAUGGAAGGAAGAAGAAUGUGUAAGAAUUCACAGAUAGGUGCGUAGAAGUGGCUCCAACAGACAGGAUGAGAAAGAUAUGUUUGCUUUAUCCUGUGCCCUGUGCCUAACGUAAGGACUACUGUGGUUCCAUUUGCAAAGCCAGAUUUUGCCAGCAAAUCAAACAAACACUGCUUUGCUAUAGACAAUACCGUGUGUGAAACAGAUGCUCUGUGCAGAUGCACUUUUAAUCUUAUCCUGAGAACACACUAUAGAGUGUAAUAAUUAAUGUAGUAGUGUACAUUUCUUUUUCUAAGCUUUUUCUAUUGCAAAAGGGUGCAUAACAACAAUUAUGUGCAGAAAAAAACAACAAAAGCUGUAACAAAAUAUACAUAAAUUGCAAGAAUUCAAAACAAAGGUAAUAAAGAAGAACUUCAUUAUGAACAAGUGAUUGUUUCUUCCUAGGUAUACUUCCUCUGGCUUUUGUUUUUAGAACCAUGUGCAUAUACCUUUGUGGAUAGCCUGUAGCAUGAAGCGAAAUUGCACCUGGAGCUAAUUUGAAACGUCGGUAUGACAAUUAUGUGUAUAUGUAAAAAUGAGCCAGAGUUACAUUCCUUCUGAGAUACAGAAGGUUUACAUAAUAGAAGAGGCAACCUACUGGUUGGUUGACAUAAGCAUCCACUGCUAACCUCCCUUCCCUUAGAAAUACUAUUGAGGGAAACUGAAAGCAGGGAAUGGUGUUCUUGUCUUUGGGUCUGUGAUGCAGACAAUGAUCCCUCUGAUGUGAUCAAUAUCUUUCCGUUCUUUGAAAAUCUGAAAGCAACAGGCUUGCAGUUCUAAUCUAACCCAGACUCACCUGAUCAAACCUUUCAAAACAUUUCUUUAUUAAAUUGCAGAAGUGUUCUAGCAGUCUGAUAUGAUCUGUCCUUCCAGUAUAUUCAUGAUCCUGUGCAUUUCAAAUGAUGGUGACUGAUAAGGUUGCCAUUUAUUCUCCCCUAUUGCAUGAAGGCCAUGCUUUCAACAGCUGCAUGACAGACUCGCAAAUCUAGCAAAGAGCUGCAGAGAUUCAAGACACUAGACCAGCCUUCAUCAACCCUGGUGCCCUCCAGAUGUGUUGGGCUACAAUUCCUAUCAGCCCAAACUAGUUCUGACUAGGGCUGGUGAGAAUUGCAAUCCAAAACAUAUGGAGGGCACCAGGUUGGCAAAGGUUCUACUGGACAAUGGGUAAUUUUGAAGCUGCAUGUGUUGAAAACUGCUAAAUACAAAGCUCUGGCACUUAUAAAAAAAUAAACAGGAUCAAAUGCUUAGCAUUGCCAUUUUUUUCUCUAGCAGGGCCACUGUGACUUUAAUUCCUGCUUCCAGCACUUAAGCAAGUGUUAUUUUCCCAGUAGAGGGAUAAAGGCCCAGGGAAACCUAAGGCCCCACUUAAUUUCUGCUUGCUAUGCAGUUGUUAAAGACACACGCACAAAAAGGAGUCAAGAACUGUAACAAACUCCUGAAAUCUGUACCAUGAACCCUUGGCCACUUCCAGUGUCCCAGGUGCCAGGUUACUGUCAGAAGAUAAUGGGUGUUUUCUGCCUCAUGACCACUGACGCCCAAUUUACAUGUGACAUGAGCCACAACUAAAGUAUUAACCCACAUAAGGAUUCCAAGUGACUUUGAUCUCAUUUUAAUAUACCUACCAUGUUUACCAAGCCAGAUGCAUGCAGUGUUGGCAAAGCAGUAGCAGGUUCCAAUUUUGAACUUAAAUGUGCCACGUGGAACAUUUAUGCAGAGCGAGUGGUUUGCCCAUAGUUCACAUCAUACCUAAAUAUUAAGUCCUGAUUCCUAAGAUUGCCAGCUUUCACACCAGAAUCACUUUUUAAAUCUCCUGCUGAAGCAAAAGUAAAGGUGUCCUGGGGUCCUCUUUGCCCAUUUUUUCUGCAGUCCAGUAAUCUAUUCUCUUGAUGUGCUGGCCGGUCUACAGAUGUGCUACACAACAGGGGGCUGGAUGAGAAUGAGCAGGAAGACUCACAACUGUUUUUUAGCUCACUCAGAGAUUUAGGGAACAGCAACUCCAAUGUCUGUAUCAAAUGCUGGCAACCUGAAAUAUACCUCAGUAACUGCAGGAUGAGAGAUGGCAGGCUGUGCACUACACAGUAUCCUCAUGUUCACAUACAAUUUAUGUGCAUGUGGCCUAGAGACAAGGUGUAUCUGUCCCGACUCACACAUAAUACAAUCCUAUUCAGUUUUUCUCAGGAGCAUGUACCACUGUGAUAAAUGGGGCUCACUCUUAAGUAAAUGUGCACAGAACUGCAACCUCAGAAAUAUGAUUUACAGGGACCCCAAGGAGGAAGAUGAACUCUGAAGAAUGCUUGCUGUAGCAAAUCAUGCUUGCAGUGCAAACCUACACACACUGAUCAGAGGGUAAGUCACAUUGAACACAAUGAGCAAACAUGAAUAGGAAUGCGCUUUCACAAAACUAACAAGGCGACCCCAAAAGACAAAAACAAGGAUGAUGAGUUGCCAGGGCAGGUACCAGAAAAACAAAAUGACCCUAAUAAUUUGGGAAGGCUAAAUCUCUUUGUCGUAAUUUUGUAGAAUCUUGGGGAAAAAGUGGAAAAUGGAAUCGAUACCAACAAUGGAAGAAUGACUAUUGAAAUUAAUGGACUUAGUUGAGAUGGACAAAUUGACAUGUCUUAUUAGAGAAAAAAUGACAGAUACAUUUCUUAAGGAAUGGAAGCCUCUUUUGGACUUUUUGUUGAAAGAAAAAAAUGAAAUGAUGAUAAUGGGAUUUGACGAUUAAUUAAGAUAGACUUUGGAAAAAAGUGAAUUUCGUAUGUUCUAGGAG